GCUGGUAACAGCAUGCAGCACGUGUCAUUUUGUUUUCUAACCUCAUUGUUAGUGUUUCUGUAAAUUUUUGUUAAGUUUAUCUAAUCGUCUGUAUUUAUAACAUAAUGACUGAAGAUUUUAUUCCUACAAGAGGUUCCAGCAAAAAACCAGGAAGUAUAACAAAUUUUCAGUCCGUUACAUACGAAUCUUACAAAGCAAAAAAACACCAUGAAGCAAAAGCACAGAUAGAGACGUCUAAGCAAACGAAAGUCAGCGAAUUCAAUAUUAAAAAAGCGAGACAUGAAGUAGUUAAAUUUGGAAUGGGAGGUUUUGAUCCACAGAAAAAGGAAGAAGCUAAGAUUCAGUUAGCUAUUAAAUUAGGGGCUAAACCACCUAAAAAUAAAUACAAGAAUUAUCGACUUUUGAAAGAAGACCGUGCUAAACAAAAAGACGAAGAAAAACAGAAAUCACAAUUUCAACAGUUGGGUAAAAAUUUGUUAGGGAAGUCCACGGCCAAGAAGAAAGGGUUUGAUCGCAAGCGAAAGAAGACAAAGGGUGGAUUAUUAGAUGUAUACGGAAAGGUGAAAGUUGUAAAUAAAUAAUAAAUGAAAACUAA